AUGGCGACAGCAACGAUGACAUACAUGGAUUUGCCCGUCAAGAGGCGGCUACCGAAAAACAUCAAACUGCCGCCGGAGAAUGAGCGGUACAUGCGCGCGUGUGCGGAUAUUGCGUCCGCGCUCGUCCAGGAUUACGAGGCCCAAGCUGAUGGCUCGAAGCCGAAGAAGGACUUGAAUCUGAACCAGCUAAGAGGACAAAUUGCGAAGAGACAUUAUUUGAAGACGCAACCACCUCUCACGGCGAUCAUUGCGGCGGUGCCUGAGCACUACAAGAAAUACAUUCUGCCAAAGUUGAUUGCGAAGCCAAUCCGGAGUGCAUCGGGGAUUGCCGUGGUGGCGGUGAUGUGCAAGCCGCAUCGUUGUCCCCAUAUAGCCUACACGGGCAAUAUCUGCGUCUAUUGCCCUGGUGGGCCAGAUUCGGAUUUUGAAUACUCGACUCAGUCUUACACAGGCUAUGAGCCGACAUCUAUGCGCGCCAUCCGAGCUCGCUACGACCCGUAUGAGCAGGCCAGAGGACGCGUGGACCAGAUCAAGUCGCUCGGUCACAGUGUUGACAAGGUGGAGUACAUUAUUAUGGGUGGCACGUUCAUGUCACUGCCAGAGUCGUACCGAGACGAGUUCAUUUCACAGCUUCACAAUGCACUCUCUGGGUAUCAAACGAAGGAUGUGGAUGAGGCAGUUGCGGCUGGCGAGAUGAGCAACACCAAGUGCGUGGGCAUCACCAUCGAGACGCGACCCGACUACUGUCUGGACCAGCAUUUAUCGUCGAUGCUACGGUAUGGUUGCACGCGGCUCGAGAUUGGCGUGCAGUCGCUUUACGAAGAUGUGGCCCGCGACACAAACCGCGGCCACACGGUCGCCGCGGUUGCCAAGACGUUUUGUCUCUCCAAAGAUGCUGGGUUCAAAGUGGUGUCGCACAUGAUGCCAGAUCUGCCCAACGUUGGUAUGGAGCGCGAUCUCGACCAAUUUGUCGAGUACUUUGCAAACCCAGACUUCCGCACCGAUGGGCUGAAGAUCUACCCCACGCUCGUGAUUCGUGGCACCGGGCUGUACGAGCUCUGGCGAACAGGCAGGUACAAGAACUACACGCCCAACGCACUCAUCGAUAUUGUGGCGCGGAUUCUGGCGUUGGUGCCGCCGUGGACGCGCAUCUACCGCGUGCAGCGCGACAUCCCCAUGCCGCUGGUCACGUCCGGGGUGGAGAAUGGGAACCUGCGAGAGCUGGCGCUGGCACGCAUGAAGGACUUUGGCACGACUUGUCGCGACGUGCGAACACGCGAAGUGGGCAUCAAUGAAGUCAAGCACAAGAUCCGGCCAGAUCAAGUGGAGCUGGUGCGGCGCGACUACAUCGCCAACGGGGGGUGGGAGACGUUUUUGGCGUACGAGGAUCCCAAACAGGACAUUCUGAUUGCACUGUUGCGGUUGAGGCAAUGCUCCAAGGAGCACACAUUCCGGGAAGAGCUAACAGGCCAGCCGACGAGCUUGGUGAGGGAGUUGCAUGUAUAUGGCAGCGCGGUGCCGGUGCAUGCGCGCGACCCGAAGAAGUUCCAGCAUCAGGGCUAUGGCACGCUGCUGAUGGAGGAGGCGGCGAGAAUUGCGGCGGAGGAGCACGGGAGCCGGAAGAUCAGUGUCAUCUCUGGGGUGGGUGUGAGGAGCUAUUACGCGAAGCUGGGGUAUUAUUUGGACGGGCCCUAUAUGAGCAAGGACCUGGCGCCGGCGUGGGAACGAGAGUGGUAG